UCUGGUAGCAUAAACUAAAAAAAAAAUAAAACCCACGCAACAUCAUCUCCAAAUAAAAAAAGAAAAAGAAAAAAAAAGAGGAAAAAUUCCUAUUCCCACCCCUCCAUCAUCCCUUCCCGUCCUCCCCAAUUACGCGGUGCAUACCUCUUCUUCUCCACCUCUCCCUCCUUUCCCUCUCUCACUCUCUCUCCUCUCUCUUUCUUUCAACUUGAAACAUUCAUCUUUCUCUAAAAAUACACCAACUGCACUAAUACCUUAAGUCCUUAAGUACACAUUCUUCAUUGGAAUGGUCUAAAACUCUCUCUCCGUUGAACUCUUAACUACUCUUUUUCUAUUUUUUUUUGUUCUCUCUCCUUUUAAGACCGUUUUAAUGGAGUCUCCCGAUUCAUCUUCUUACAUUUCUUCUCCUGAGGCUCAUCCCAAGCGAUCUGGGACCCCGAAAUCCCCCAAUUCAGAAUAUAUGGAGAAGCCUACCUACACCAAGUUCCUUGUUUCAAAUGCUGCUGCUGGUUCAGUUAUUGGCAAAGGUGGGUCAACAAUCACUGAUUUUCAAAAAGACUCUGGGGCUCGAAUUCAGCUGUCACGCAAUCAGGAAUACUUUCCGGGGACUGCUGACAGAAUAAUAAUGAUAUCUGGAAAGACUGAUGAUGUACUAAAGGCGAUGGACCUUAUCCUCAAUAAACUGCUUAAUGAGAUUCAAUCUGAAGAUGGUGAUGAUGCUGACCAAAGAUCUAAAGUUAGACUUGUAGUCCCUAACAACUGCUGUGGUGCCAUUAUUGGCAAGAGUGGAGCCACCAUAAAAUCAUUUAUUGAAGACUCUGGAGCUGGCAUAAAGAUAUCCCCCCAAGACAAUAACUAUAUUGGGUUGACUGAUCGGGUUGUAACGCUGACAGGUUCUUUUGAGGAACAGAUGCGAGCCAUUGAUCUUAUUUUGUCCAAGCUAACAGAAGAUUCCCUUUACUUGCAGUCCAUGAAUGCCCCUCUUUCAUACCCAGGUGUUUUGUUUGCUGGUUUUCACCGUGUGCCAUAUCCAUAUGUGCAUCCUCCAGUUGGAACGGCAGCGUACAAUGCAAACUAUGGACCAAAUGGCAUAGGAGCAAGAUUUCCGAACAACAAGGAAGAUCGAGGUAACUCUCUGACAAUUGGUGUUGCUGAUGAGCAUAUUGGUGUGGUGGUUGGACGUGGUGGGAGGAAUAUACUGGAAAUUAGUCAGGCUAGUGGGGCAAGAAUUAAGAUAUCAGACAGAGGUGAUUUCAUGUCUGGUACAUCUAACAGGAAAGUGACAAUAACAGGGUCACUUAGAUCAAUUCGUACAGCUGAGGCCAUGAUUAAUCAGAAGGUGGCUUCUGUUACGGAGAGGUGAUUGAUAUGAUUUCCUACCCUUGUGUCUUGUUCGCCAAAACUGGGAAAAUCAGGUUGCAGUUACUUGAAUGGGCAUAAUUUGGCUACUUCAGGAGUUAGACAUUCGUUGCUUUUAGUUAAAAUUAUGUCUGCUGAGGCUGAAAGGAGCAUAAGUUGCACUUAGGGAAGAGCUUCUCAUCGACUGAAGUAUACACGAAAUUAUUGUCUGGAAAGUGUAGUCACUGCUCAGCGCAGGCCAUAUUGACUUUUUUACCCCUCCCGAAAUGCAUUCGUUUUUUCUGUAGUCCAAGCCGGAUCGCAUUUUGUAAUUUUUAGAGUAGAUAUCGAUUGACUUGUCAUAAUUAUGGGAUUGUCCAAGUAUUGAUGUGGUUCUGGAUUUUUGCUUAUUUUUUGUUUCAACUGUUGAAUACAUUUUCAUGAGAUGGCUUCCACCAAUCUAACAAUUUAUGAAUUUGUAGUUUGUUUA